CGCGGGGCUGCAUCCGGAGCAAGCCGUGCGGCCAACAGCUCAUCGCCGUUCCCGCCGCGAUCACAUCCGAAGCCAUGGCCCUCGUCGAAGCGACGGCCCGCUCGCGCCCCAUCGAGAUCGCGACGGGGCCUCAUAUCACGCAGUCCAUCGCAGAUGAGUUCUUGCAGUGGAACAAAGCUGGCAACAUCGCGCGGCAUUAUAAUUGGCUGCAGCCCGACAGGAAGCAGUCUCGCAAGGCGUGGGCCGACCCCCUCGACGAGAACACUCCCGAGAGCGAUGGCACCGAGUACCAGGCCGACUCCAUGAGCCGG